CUCGGCGCAGGCGCGCCCUCCAGCGGCCGGCCGGGCAGCGCAGCGCAGCGCAGGAGCGGCCGGCCAGGAUGGGGAAGGCGCGGAAGUCCCCGGCCCGCAGGCGGACGCCCCCGGUCCCUCCGCCGCCGCCGCCCCCGGCCAGCCAGCGGGGCUCCCGCAGCGGCGCCCGGGCUCCGUCCAAGCAGGCCCCGGCGGCCCAGGGGCUCUCGGGGGCGUCGGCGGCGGAGGAGCCCCCCGGCCUGGCCCUGGGCGCCCAGCGGGAGCGGUGGCUGCAGUUCCAGCAGCGGCAGCGGGUCAGCUGCGAGGAGGCCGCCAAGCUCCUGCUCGACGCCUUUGAGUACCAAGGACUGGUGAAGCACACGGGAGGCUGUCACUGCGGAGCCGUCCGAUUCGAAGUUUGGGCCUCUGAUAACCUUCAUGUCUUUGACUGCAAUUGCAGCAUCUGUGUGAAGAAACAAAACAGGCAUUUCAUUGUGCCCGCUUCCCACUUCAAGUUGUUGAAGGGUGCGGACCAUCUCACCACGUACACCUUCAACACUCAUGCCGCCCAACACACCUUUUGUAAGACGUGCGGCGUCCAGAGUUUUUAUACCCCGCGUUCCAAUCCGGACGGUUACGGAAUCGCGCCCCACUGCCUGGAUGAAGGGACCAUCACCAAAAUCACGGUGGAGCCGAUCAACGGGAAGGAAUGGGAGAAAGCGGUGAAGGGGCACCCGACCAUCAGGACGAUGUCGAAGCCCUCCCUCCCGCCUCCCUUCUUUUAAUUCGGGGGUUUUCGUAUAGGAAGCCAAAGACCCCCCCCCCAUUGUUUGUGUGUGUGUGAAAUAAUCUCUCUCUACUGCCUAUUUCCCCCCCCCCUCUCCCUCCGUCGGAUAGAAUAGCGGCAUAGAAACAGAAGGAUCUCAAUCCUACAGGUCAAAAAAAAUGUAUUUUUCUUCUCUUGAGAAAAA